GAAGCAGAAGGGUCGAUUAGCCGGACUGCUAACUUAAGCCGCUCGUCGUUCGCCUCGUUCUGUCUGAAUGUGACUGCGGCUGCGUGGAGCUGCGCGUGGUUUGAGCUGCAGAUCGAUCCCGUUGAUCGGUUUGUGUCCGCUGAGCCUGUGUGACGAUGGCGGCGGACUCCGUGAAGCUCUCCAGGAACCUGCUGCGCAUGAAGUUUAUGCAGAGGGGUCUGGAUGCUGAGACGAAGAAGCAGCUGGAAGAAGACGAGAAGAGAAUAAUCAGUGAUGAACACUGGUACCUGGACCUGCCAGAGCUCAAAGCCAAAGAGAACUUGAUCAUCGAGGAGAAGAGUUUCGUUCCCUGUGAAGACCUGAAGUACGGCCGCAUAUCGUUCAAGGGCUUCAAUCCAGAAGUCGAGAAACUGAUGGCGCUGAUGAACCCGAAGGACGAAGAUGAGGAAGGAGAGGAGGAGGAGGAGAUCAGCAGGAUGCAGACAGACGUGACAGACGAAGAAAUGGCUCUGAGGUACGAGAGUUUAGUUGGAAGCAUGAAGAAGAAGUUUGCAAAGAAGCGCGAGAGAGCGACAAUAGAAGAAGACGACGUCAACCACAACGUAGAAACCACAACCAAGAGAGUCUUUCUCAAACCUCAGGACUGACCCCCCCGGACUUGAGUUUGGACCCCCCAGUGAUGGACUGUAUUUUUAUAUGAAUGUUUUUAUAUUUCUUUUUUUACGUCCGCUCAGCUGUGUGGAGUCUCUCGGGGGUUUGAAGAGUUGUUCACGGCUGACUGGAUGUUAAACGUCCUGUUUUAAAAGAGUUCUGUUUUUACCGCCUGUGCAGCUUCAUUAAAAGCUCGGCUCCGUG